AUGGCAAAAGAGACAGCAAAGAAGAUGAGGUGGCACAAGGAGGAAAAUAUUGAUGAUGGUGUCUUACGACAUCCAUCCGACUUAAUAGAAUGGAAAUCUUUCAGUGAGCGUCAUCCUACCUUUUCGGCUGAGUUAAGAAAUGCUCGAUUAGGUUUAGCAAGUGACGGGUUCCAACCUUAUGGGAAUAUGAGUUCCAAUCAUAGUAUUUGGCCUGUCGUACUAGUUACAUAUAAUUUGCCACCAUGGGAUUGCAUGAAAAAUCCAUAUUUCAUGAUGACACUUCCUAUUCGAGGCCCUAAGUGUCCAGGCAAUGAAAUUGAUGUAUACUUACAACCAAUGAUUGAAGAGUUGAAAGAAUUGUGGGACGGCGUGGAGGCUUAUGAUACACACUCAAAAUCUAAUUUUCUUAUGCAUGUGGCUCUUAUGUGGACGAUCAAUGUCUUUCCUGCAUAUGGGAAUCUUUCAGGAUGGUCAACCAAAGGAAAGCUUGCAUGUCCUUGUUGCCAUAAAGACACACAAUCAGUUUCUUUACAUAAUAAGUUGUGUUAUAUGGGUCAUCGUCUUUUCCUUCCCAUGAACCAUCCAUGGCGUAGAAACAGGGGUAAAGUGCAAAAGCGAAAGCAUAAUGUUUCUAACAAUGCUUAUAAUUGGAGGAAGAAAAGUAUCUUUUUUCGAUUGCCUUAUUGGAAGAGUCUUAAGUUACGUCAUUACCUUGAUGUGAUGCACAUAGAAAGAAAUGUGUCCGACAAUAUUUUAUCAACUGUGAUGAAUAUGGUUGGAAAAACAAAGGACACAUUGAAAAGUAGAUAUGAUUUGGUGGACCUUGGAAUCAGGCAAGGCUUGCAUCCAAUUGAGGAUGGGGACAAUAUUUUGUUACCAGCGGUUCUAGAUGCGUUUUCAUCAAACAUUUCAAGGUGUGUUAACGUAUUUGAGAAAAAGAUACAUGUAUUGAAGCGUCAUGAUCAUCAUGUAUUAUUGCAAGACAUUUUCCUAGUAGCUAUACGUGGUUUGUUGCCUAAGGAAGUCUGUGAACCAAUUAUAGCCUUAGGCAAAUUUUUCAAGAAUCUAUACUCUAAGUGCUUGACAAUUGAAGAUCUUGAUAUCCUAGAGGCUGAAAUUCCUAUCAUAUUGUGCAAACUUGAAAUGGUUUUUCUUUCGGCUUUCUUUGAUGUCAUGAUUCAUUUGCCAAUUCACUUGGCAAGAGAGGCAAAGCUUGGUGGGCCAGUUCAAUAUCGGGAUAUGUACCCUAUUGAGAGGUAUUUGCGAACACUUAAGUCAUAUGUUCGCAACAAAGGAUGUCCAGAAGGUUCAAUUGCAGAAGGUAAUUUGGCAGAGGAAAGCCUCACAUUUUGCUCACGAUGUUUAAAAAAUAUCUCAACCAAGUUUAAUAAACCAACUAGAAAUGAUAAUGGAUCUGGAUCAGAGGGUGAGAUAUCUAUCUUUAAAAAAUGUGGGCAACCAAAAGGUGCUGCUUCAGAUAGCAACAGGCUACCUCAUGAUGAGUUUAACCAAGCAUGUAUGUAUGUGCUUCAAAAUUGUGAAGAGAUAUUUGUACUAUCUGCACAAGGACACGCAAAUGCUGAGCUCAUAAGCUUAGCCGUCGGCCCUGAACCAUUGGUGCAUCAAUAUUCAACAUUUAUGGUGAAUGGAUUUAGAUUUCAAACAAAAGAACUUGUGAGAAAAAUGCAGAACAGUGGAGUUCUUGUGAGGGGCGAUGAUUCAGACUCUAAUAAGGAGAAACAGGAAAGUUUACCUAUUCAAGUGUCAUUAUGGGAUGUGGCUCACUUAGGAAGAGGAUAUAAGAUUGACAAAUAUGGUUUUACAAGUGUGAAUACUCAUUGUGCCUUGAAUGCAAAUGAGCCAUUUGUGUUAGCGACUCAGUCUGAGCAACUCUUCUACUUGAAUGACAUUGUCGAUAAAGAUUGGCUUGUUGCUAUAAAAACAAAUCCUCGCGACCUUUUCAAUAUGCCUGAAGUUGAAGAUGAAGCAUUAUUGAAUGAAGAAGUUUAUCAACAAGAGGAAGUUGAAUGUAAUAUUUUGCGUACCAAUGACCAAGAAACUGAUAUUGAGGUGGCUUUACAGAGGGAUGAUGUUGAACCGCAAACUGUUUUGCGUACCAAUGACCAAGAAAAUGAGGAAGAUGAUUUCAUUAAUGACAAUUAUAUAGAUGUAUCAGGGAAUGAAGAAGCUGAAGAAGAGUUACUUGAUGAUAGUGAUGGAGAGGACAGUGAUUACUCUUGA